UGUUAACCCAGAGAAACAAGGGACAAGAGAACCACUGAGGCUGGAGCUGGACUGAGCAGUAAAGCUCUCUUACAUUGUAGAAACGGAACAAUUUUCUCAGAACCCUUGAGUCAGCAUCAUAUUUGGAUAGUCUGUCGGACUUCCCGUACACCAGUGUAUUCUCACUGAGCAUCUUGAAAGUAUUUUGGCCAGCACCACAGAUGCUGCAGCUUCAGCUGAUUGUGGUGCAUUUGGCCCUUGUGAUUACCCUGCUGCAGUGGCAGUCUAGCUCAAUGCGCCUACCUGAGGCAGUUCCAGAGUCUUUGGAGCCUUCUAAUGUGCUGGGCAUGGGAGCACGUCCCACCACUAGUGAAGAGAAGUCAGCUACUAACCUAUCAGCCAAGCUGUUCCUUCUUGAUGAGCUGAUGUCUCUGGAGAAUGAGGUGACUGAGACCAAAAGGAAGAGAAGUUUCCCAGGGUUUGGCUCCCCAAUUGACAGGAUUUCUUCAAGCUCUAUGGAUACAAAAAGCAAACAGAGGAAAGUGGUUGAACUUCCUAAGAGACGAUUUGGAAUUCCUCUCGACCGGAUUGGAGUGAGCCGUCUCAGCAACAUGAAGGGUUAGCGGUUCGUGCAAGUGCUUCUGUUCUGAAUGAUUGAUGCUGUGUUGGAAACAUUACAGAAAUACAGAAGAUGCAUCAGAGCGUGUCUUGUCAUUGACUAAUGAUUCAACAUUCAAGGAACUGACCUCCUACAAAAUCUAUUUCACAUUGCAUUUUACAAACAGUAACAAAUUCAAUUCAUCAGGUCAGAAUGCUCUCACAGAUAUGCACGGUGCCACAGAUAGGAGGGAACUGAAAAAAAUAUAUAUAGUUUAAUUGCAUGGCAUUUAUUUCGUAAACUUGCAAAAGUUCAUAAUCCUAGCAAGGACUGUUAGAAUUUUUGACUAUAAAAUAAAACCUUCAGAGAUGCCAACAGCAGUCCAUGAAAAGCAGACAACUUACACUGCAAAUUUCUUUUAGGAGGAUGUUUGCUUGGUAGAAGAAGGGAGAAUUUAACAGUUAUGGGACAAACCCAGAUUUUAUUUGAACUGCUAUUCAGGAGAAAAUGUCUGUUGACAUCACUAGGCAUUUAUCUAAAUAAAAGCUAUGACAGUAUGUUAGGA